AUGGCUGAUCGUCAGAAAACUGGUCUUGGCGACAGUAGGGAUAUCGAGCAGGCAAUUACAUCUCUUAAAAAAGGUUCAUAUCUGCUAAAGUAUGGACGAAGAGGGAAGCCAAAGUUCUGCCCUUUUAAGCUUUCCAAUGAUGAGUCUCUACUCAUAUGGUACUCUGGCAAGGAAGAAAAACAAAUUAAGCUCAGUACUGUUUCAAAGAUCAUUCCUGGGCAGCGAACUGCAACAUUUCAGCGGUAUCCUCGACCAGAAAAGGAGUAUCAGUCAUUCUCUCUUAUAUACAAUGAUAGGUCCUUGGAUUUGAUCUGCAAAGACAAAGAUGAAGCCGAAAUCUGGUUUGCUGGUCUGAAAGCAUUAAUUACCCGCGGUAACUAUCGCAAGUGGGGAUAUGAAUCAAGACCUGAAAGUCUGUAUUCUGAUAGUCCAAAGUCUGGCACAAGAAGAUCCAUUCCAUCAUUUGCACCAUAUGACCCCAGAGAUAUCGACAGAGUUUCUUUUCAAAAUUCUUCGCCAAAUAGAUGGGUAAAGGCUUUCUCUGAAAUAAUUUCAUACACUGCUGCGCCUAGCAAGAGCUCCAGUCAAGCUGAAUCAAUUACCAAUUCCUCUAUGUCCUCUGGAUCCAUGGAUAACUCAAGCAAUAGAAAUUCUGCAUCUGAGGCGGUUCGAGUUAGUUUAUCCAGUGCUAUAAGUUCAUCCAGCCAGGGUUCCUGUCAAGAAGAUUUUGAUGCUUUAGGUGAUGUUUUUAUUUGGGGAGAAGGUAUCUAUGAUGGAAUUCUUGGUGGUGGUCUGCAUAGAGUUGGAAACGUAUCUUUUUCAGAGAUGGAUGCAUUCCUUCCCAAGGCAUUGGAAUCAAAAGUGGUUCUAGAUGUUCAUAGCAUUGCAUGUGGCUAUAAACACGCUGUUCUAGUUACCAAACAGGGAGAAACAUUUAGCUGGGGGGAGGAGUCAGGAGGAAGGCUUGGGCACGGUGCCGAAGUGGAUGUUCUUAACCCCAAGCUCAUUGACACUCUUAGUGGCAUGAACAUUGAGUUAGUAGCAUGUGGAGAAUAUCAUACAUGUGCUGUUACUUAUUCUGGGGAUCUUUAUACCUGGGGCGAUGGUACUCACAAUUCUGGGUUACUUGGGCAUGGAGAUGAAGUUAGUCACUGGAUUCCUAAGAAAGUAGGUGGUGCAUUGGAAGGAUUACGUGUAUCAUAUGUGUCCUGCGGUCCUUGGCACACAGCUAUUGUUACAUCAGCUGGGCAGUUGUUUACAUUUGGUGAUGGAACUUUUGCCGCCUUAGGCCAUGGAGAUCAUAGCAGUUCAAGUAUUCCACGGGAAGUAGAAACUUUGAAAGGGUUGAGAACAACCAGGGUUUCAUGUGGUGUUUGGCACACUGCUGCCGUUGUUGAGGUGAUAGAUGAAUCUUUGGAGUCUUCUACACAGUCAUCUAGUGGAAGACUGUUCACCUGGGGUGAUGGCGAUAAAGGCCAACUUGGAAUUGUUGAUAAGAAACCUAGACUAGUUCCAGUGUGUGUAAUUGCAUUGUCUAACAAAAACAUUUGUCGUGUAGCUUGUGGCCACAGUCUUACAGUUGCAUUGACAACAUCGGGACAUGUGUAUACAAUGGGCAGUACAGCUUACGGACAACUUGGUUGUCCUUCAGCAAGUGGAGUGGUUCCUGCACGUGUUGAAGAUAAAAUUGCUGACAGUUUCAUAGAAGAUAUUGCCUGUGGUUCAUAUCAUGUUGCAGUCCUGACUUCCAAGGCAGAGGUUUUCACAUGGGGGAAGGGUUUAAAUGGGCAAUUAGGUCAUGGUGACAACGGUCACAGGAAUAAGCCCACAUUUGUCCAAUUUUUAAAAGAUAAGCAAGUGAAGAGUGUUUUUUGUGGUUCAAACUUUACUGCUGUUGUUUGCCUUCAUAAAUGGAUACCGAGUGUUGAUCAUUCUGCAUGUUCAGCCUGUCGCAAUCCAUUUAAUUUCAGAAGAAAACGUCAUAAUUGUUACAACUGUGGACUUGUUUUUUGCAAUUCAUGCACCAGCAAGAAAUCUAUUAAGGCUUCCCUUGCUCCAAAUUCCAACAAAACAUAUCGUGUUUGUGAUGACUGUUAUUAUAAACUUAAGAAAACCGCUGAAUCAGUAUCCUUGCAAACUCCGAGCUGGAAAAGUGUCAGUUCGCAAGACAGUAAGGCCCCUAAAACACAGGGAACACUAUUAAAACUUUCUUCAUUCGGUUCUAUUGUUCAAUCAGAAAGCAGUCAGUCAAAGCUUCCAGAUUCUCUUGAUAGCCAUAUUUUUCCAGCUUUGAAUGGAAAAUUACAGUUGGGGGGUUUUGUUCUUUCAAAAUCAUCGAACUCUCUUUCCGUGGAAUCUAGGAAAUACAUGUCUGUUUCUGAGCUUGCUACAAGAAUAUCUUGUCAGUCAACUUCUCCAGUUUCAUCAAAGUCAAGCCCACGACAAUCUUGUGAAGAUAUUAUACAUGAAGAUUUAAAACACAGAAAUGGUAUUCUAAGUCACGAAGUUAUAAGUUUAAAAGCACAAGUUGAAGAACUUACUCAGAAGUCAAAAAGUCUCGAGGCUGAACUUGAGAGAACAUCAAAGCAAUUGAAGGAAGUGGCUGAAGUAGCUGCGGAUGAAGCUGGAAAGUGUAAAUCUGCAAAAGAGGUUAUAAAGUCAUUGACAACUCAGUUGAAGGAAAUGAUGCAAAGACUGCCAGAAGGACAUGAUGCUGACUUAAGCACCGAUUCCUAUGCUGAAACCACUAAUAUGAUUGUAGAUCAAUCCAUAGAUGAGAGUCAUAUGACAAACAUGAUCACUCACAAAAAUGAAAGUGGAAGCAAUGCAGAAAAGGUGGUAUUGCCUAAUGGCGCCACAACACAAAGUGGAAAGGCAGAAUGGGUGGUGCAAGAUGAACCAGGUGUGUAUGUAAGUUUGUCGUCCCUUCCAGGUGGUGGUAAUGAACUUAAGCGUGUUCGCUUCAGUCGAAGGCAUUUCACAGAAGAAGAAGCUGAAAAGUGGUGGGCUGAAAAUGGUCCCAAAGUAUUGGAGCGGCACAAUGUAGUUGCCCUGUAG